AUCCGGCAGCCUAUAACAGACCUGCAUGUGUCCACCUCCGGCUCGGCGCUGGCUGCCUCACUGCGGCGGGCUGACGAUGACUUGAAUGCUGAUUAUUGUGAAGAUCGACAAAGGACACGCGGAAAGGAGGAGAUGAACCGUUUCCUGAGAGCUGGGGAGAAUGGAGGGCUGCUGACGGACUGCAGGGAGCUGUCACCCAACCACACCGCCUCCUCUUCAUCCUCAUCCUCCUCCUCCUCUUCCUCCUCCAUCUCCAUCACCUCCUCCUCCUCCUCCAGCGCCGCUGGCUCAGCCGACAGACACGCGGCCCUGCCCUCGCUCCAGACCCGGGUACCUGUCGGCGGUGGCGGCAGCGGCGGGUCGGAGCCGAGGAGAUCCGCGCUGAAACGCAGCCGAGCCGGCCGGGAGGGACGAGAGGAAGCGGAGGCGGCGGCGGCGGCGGAUCACUCAGCGGCUGCCGUCGCGGUGCGCGGCGGCGGCGAGGUGUGCGUCGGGGUCGGUAAGCAGCAGCAGCAGCGCCGGGAGGCUCAAGGACGCAGCGUCGGCGGAGAAGGUCUGGAGAUGAUUUCAGCGGUCAGCAGGGACGCGGACGGCGGCGGGAGCGGCAACAACAAUAACAACAACAACGGCGUCUCCGAAGUGGCCUCUCCUGCGACAUGCGCCAAAGGCAAGGAGGAGAGGAAGGGGAAAAACGUGAUCCGGGGCUGGAAGCGGGACAGAGACAGGGAGAGGGACGCCGCCGCUCCUCCUGCCCGGACGAGGAAGGAGAAGCCCGGCGAUGGCUCGUCUCCUCCUCCCUCCGUUUUCCUCCCGUCGUCCGCCCUGCCCGAGCAUCAUCCGUGCCGCGACGGCCCCGGACACUGCCACUGCGCCGCGCCGGACUCCAGGAUCAUGGGAGAUAACGGCAACAUUAACAACGUAAACAAUAACAAUAGCGGGAGUAACGGAGGCAGCAAAAACGCGCUGGAUUGUGGAGUUAAAAGCGGCGGCGCUAUUGUUGUCAGGCGGCAGCAUGACGACACACCGGCGGCCAAGAAACACAGAGGAGCCGAGAAGGUGGACCCCAUGUUCACGGUGCCAGCUCCCCCUGUUCCAGGCCACCCCGGGGGCCCCGGAUCCUCUCUGCCCUCAGCCCCCUCCUUCUCCCCUCCGGCCCUGCCCACCUCCAACCCCAAGCAGCUGGUGGUGAGGACGAGGUCUAUAGGCACCAACACGCAGGACGGAGGCGUCUCAGGAGCUCUGGAGGGCGACUCGGCCUGUCUGGGACCCUGCCAGCCCGGGACCAGCGUCAACCUGGAGGGCAUCGUGUGGCACGAGACCGAGGAGGGUGUGCUGGUGGUGAAUGUGACGUGGAGGAAGAGAACCUACGUGGGAACUCUUUUAGACUGCACCAAACACGACUGGGCUCCUCCAAGGUUUUGCGAGUCUCCCUCCAGUGACCCGGAGUUGCCGGGUGGGCGUGGGCGGGGCAAACGGAUGCGUAUGGCCAUGGCUGAGCGGCCCUGCGUGGAGCCAACCCCUGCCGCCAAAGUCAGGGGUCUGUCGCAGCACAGGAGCCGUGGAGGCGGUGUGGCGGGAACCCCCGCGCCCAUCCAUAACAAGGGGCGGCGAGGAAGCCUGAACCUCAUCAACAGCAACUGCCGAACGCCUCCUUCCUUCUUCACCGUGGAGGAGGUGAAACCCGCCAACAGCACCUCUGUGCUCUCCUCUGGGAAGCGAAAGAACAAGCCGCCGGCCGACCUGGACCUCAGCAUGGUGUCGUCUGACGACAUUAAAAACGGGAACGGGAAGAGGAUCCGAGCCAAAUCCCGCAGCGCCCCAUCCACGCCGCAGGGCAAAUCCGACCCCUCGUUCAUGGACCCCGGGGGAGGGUGCGCCUCCUCGCCACCCCCACCGCCCAUCCUGAUCGACUGCCCCCACCCCAACUGCACUAAACGCUACAAGCACAUCAACGGCCUGCGCUACCACCAGACUCACGCACACCUGGAGGCUGAGGAGCAGAGGAAGCCGGAGCUGGAGCCCAUGAAGGACGGGGAGAGCGAGGACCGACUAUCAGACUGCGAGGACACCAUCAACAACAUGACCUACGACCUCUCAGAGACAAAUAGCACCAACAGCUCCUCAAAGAAACCGGCUCCUCUAUACAAGGUGACCACGGUGGGGUCUCCGAAAAACAGACGGCUACUCCUCAGCACUGACCACAGCCCCUCAGCCAACCCCAAGACCAGAAGAACCUCGCUGCUGAAAGACGGGCUGAUCGAUGACCUCAGCAACCUGCCCAUCAUCUCCAACAUGACCGUGGUUCUGGAGAACUGCAUGGUCCCGGACAGGAACUCCACCGUCGAGAUGCCCAAGCUGGAAGCCGAAGGUUUGAUCGACAAAAAGGGGAGCGCAUGCGACAAGGGCAAGAAGGCCAACGGAAAGGUUGAGAAGCUGUCCAAGUCACGGACAAACCGGCCGAUUGCUCCCGCCCCCGCUCCCCCAAAGCUCAUCGCCAUACCCAACACGGCGUACCCGACCAGCGCAGCAGAUACUGCCGCCUCACAGCAGCCCUCCCCGAUGGCGGCCGUGGGCCUCACUAGUAAAAACCUCCCCCUGAAACCCAUCAAACCAAAGCUGAGCAUUGUUGUGGAGCCGAGCCUCGUCAAAGCCACCUUGGUCACCUGCAGCAAAGAGACCCGCAAGAAAGAGAAGCGGAGGCUGAAGGACAAACACAACAAAGACACCCAAACCAGGACGACGAAUGGCGACAGCGGUGGAAUCAAAAUGGAUGAAGGCGGCAGUGCGUCCAAAAUGGGCAUCAAGGAGAUUUCCGGCAGCCUUCUAAAGGAGCACCUCAGUAAGCAGGAUGUCCUGAACGGGCUCACAGAGAGCCAGGAGAGCAGGAUGGCCAGUAUCCGAGCUGAGGCGGACAAGGUGUACACCUUCACCGACAACGCCCCCAGUCCCUCCAUCGGCGGCUCAUCGCGGCUCGACUCCGGUUGCCUGGCAGCAGACAGCAAGAACAACAGCCCCGCCUACUCUGACAUCUCCGAUGCCGGGGACGACGGCGGAUCUUCUGAAAGUCGCUCGGAUGGAAUCAGAUCCAAGUCCACCUCCUCGGCCUCGUCGGAGGUGAGCUCCAGCAGUAACCACGCUGGUAAAACGCCAACCGCUGCAUCUGCGCCGCCAUCAAAAGACCCCCAGUCCCCGUACUACCACGGCUACGAGCCGUACUACCUGCAGGGCUACAUGCAGUCGGACAGGCCAAACAGCAGCGUCGCUUUCCACAAAAGCUCCGCCCUUGAUGGCAAAGCGAAGGACAGGAAGGACGAAGCGAAAGAGGACGACAAGAGCUCCUCCCAUGAGUUCUUGGACUCUAAGAAAGGCGACGGGCCACCUCAGUCUCAGCUCCAGCUGGCUAUGAGUCAGACUCAGACCGCCUUGGCCCAGUCGCUGUACUACGGCCAGUACUCCAGAGGACUGUACAUGGACCAGAAACUGUUACUGGCCUCCAAAUGCUGCGAUCAGACGCACGGCGCCAAGCAAAGGGGCGAGAGGGGAAUGAGAGACAGUGAGGAUGAUAAACACAUGGUCGGGGGUUCGGCCGGGGGACCCAUGUUAGGCAAAGGUCCGGACGGCGCAAAAGGUUGCUGCCCCAAACCCGUCCUGUCCUACGUGGAGUUGAGUGAGAGGGGAGAAAGGGGCGUAAAGGCGGUGCACGGUAGCAUGGUGGACCAGCACCAGGUGUCGAUGAAAGACUGCGACGACAUCAAGUCACCUUCCUCUUCCUCUUCUUCAUCACUCCACAACCCAAACAGUCAGACAGAUCUGGACUCAAAUGUUUCCUAUUCCAGUCCCUCAGACGGCCCGGCCUGGGCUCACUGCCUCGCUCACAGCAAAUACUCAGAGCUCCAACACGGCGAGGAGGCCGAGGAGGGCGAGGCGGACAGGGGGAAAGACUGGGGAGCAACCGUGGAGCCCGCCGGCGCCAAGAUGACCUCAGCAGGAAGUGGAGACGCUAAAAAAGCCAGGGUCCACGAUCUCCCGCCCGCCAUCGACAUGGAGGAUUCGGACAGGCUGGACGGGCUGGACGAUCAGGGCCAGGAGCCGAUGGGAGGGCUGGCCGAGGACUCUCAGAGCGCCCGGGCGGCGGUGUCUCCUCCCAUGACCCCCCAGCAGCCCUACAUCCAGUACCAGCACUCCUCCUACCCGCCUUACCUGGCGAUGUGCGAGAGCGGCGGGGGCUCCUACAGAGGGGUGUCCCCAACCCUGGUCCACAGUUACCCAGGUUUCCACUACCCUCUGUACGGUAAGACGGCGGGCAGGGAGGAGUCGGAGGUGACUCCGCCCGGCAGAGGAGGAGCGGUGAGCAGCAAGCAGAGCGGCGACUCGUCCUCGUCCUCGGCCAUGGAGCUGCUGCAGCAGCAGAGCCAUCAGUACCACGGAAAAUCACCCGCUCCCGGCGAGAAGGGUUCCCCCGAGGGAGAGAGAGAGACGGAGCGAGAGAGGAACCACGUGUCCUUCGCCCGACACCUGCACACACACCAUCACACACACCUCGGUAUGAGCUACAACCUGAUGUCAGGGCAGUACGACAUCUACCAAGGGUUGAGCUCCAGGUCGCUGGUCUCCAGUCAGCAGGUGUCGGGUCACUCGUCCACAGAGAGCGAAGGGAAGAAGUAGGACCAUGUGACCACGUCUCACAUGAGGAACGGCAGAUUUAUCAGACAUCAAUUCCAUGGUGUUUAAUAAGCUUCGCCUCGCUGAGAGGCAGAGAACUCAAAUUAAAAAAGAGAACCUCUUUCAUUUCUUACUAAUGAAACCACCUGUUUUAUAAGACGUCACGGAGGAGCAGACGGAGGGACGGGAGGCGGGAUCGGGACCUCUGAUCACUGACACUUGAAGCUUUGGGGUUUUGCAGGACUCGGACAGAAGCAGGCGUUUAAAGAACUCUGAGCGCCGUGCGUCGGCCCCGCUGCGGCCGUGGUGCUCGACUUUAUAAAAUGCACAUUUAUGGUAGUGUAUAAUGACGAUGAUAUGACUGAAUGUACUGAAGAUGACUCACAUUACCCCAAUAGUGUUGAUGUUUUUUAUUUUAAAAACUCCUAUUGGGAAACAGCAUUAGGAAGCUAAAAAGUCUAUUACUAUCCUUAUUAUUCUCAUUCUGAUUAUUGAAGUGGUCCUCCUCCCUCCAUAGUGCUGACGCUUCAUUUGUAUUACUAACCUGUACUUGAGCGUAACCAUGUUGAUUGUAUCGUCUUUAUGUGAGAGUAAACCUUCACAUCGACCCGCCCAGUGCCAUGGAGGAACCCAGUGCUGUAAAUAUUCUGUACAGAUUCAUGGCAGAGCACUAACAUGCUUUAUCCUACUCUAUGUUGACCUCCAUCAGCCGCGCAGGGGAGCGGCGUGCGGAGCGGGGACGACCAGCGUUACCAGAGCAACCAGUUCUCCAUCAGCCCGGCUCAUUAAGUGACUCCAGGAGUCAGUUUUCUUUCAGUUUCCUGCCGAUUUCAACCAGCAUCCGGCACUGCAGGAGUUACGAUGAUCGACUCACGGCCCGCAGGACAAAUCUGGCCCCCAAAAACAUUUUCUAAUUCACAAUAAAGACAAAGUCAUUC